AUAACUUUGCUUCAAGUUGUCAAGUAAAAAUAUAAGCGACUUUCAAAGUUUAACCAAUUUGUCUUGUAAAUAAGGCGCUACCGAUAACGGUUAUAUAAUAAUAUAUUCUUCGAAAAUUAUAUCAUACAACCUGAUAUAUUUAUUAACGAGAACUUUUUGUGGUUAGUGACGCCUACAUGACAAAAGUUCCAAUAAACAUUAGAUAUUUGACCAUGUGAAAUAUAUAUCGUCUAUCUCCAAAGAACUCUGUGGAGACAAAAGAGAAGUAUUGGAGAAGAAGUAGGCAGCAAGUACGAAACGUAUUAUAUUACGAAAACAAUAAGCAAAAAGAAGAAAGACAAAAGAUAUUUGUUGAAAUAUUUGUAAAUAAUAUAUAAGACAUUUAUAUUGGAAAUCAACAAAUAUAUAUGUAAACAUGAGUAUAAAUAAUGAUUGGGAUGUGGAAAAACACAAAAUGGAACAUGAAUGUGAUGAACAUUGGGAACUGAGGCGUAAAUUUCUGCUAACUCACAAAACAAAAUUUCCAGAGGAUGAACUCGUUUGUUUGGCACAAGUGUUCUCUAACGUGGAACUAUUAGGAUGCAGAUAUCCACAAGAAACAAUGGAUUUAGUAGCAGAAUUAUCGAAGGAAAUUGCAGCUGAAUAUAGAGAGAAACAAAAAACAAAGUUACAAAGAACAUUUGUAAAAGCUUCAGAAGCAGCUAGUUCAAAGGUUAAAGGAUGUAUUGCCCAAAUAUCUACUAUUGCUGAAGAACCUAUAUCAGAUAAAAGCAAUAAAAAAUUAAAAUCCGAAAUUGAGGAGAGUAAAACAGUAAAUAAUAAUAAAAGUCUUAGUACUAAUAUCAUAGAAUCUUCCUCUAAGAAGAAAGAAGAACUUCCAUUUGGAGAUAUCAUUCUGGUGGAAAGACCAGGUGAUGUACCACAAAAUACACUGGCUCAUUCAGUUGGCAUAUCUCGUAAUAACCUGAAGUGGGUAUAUGCAAACCAAUCAACAAAGUUUCAACACUCAUACGAUUGCACAAUUUAUAUCGAUUCAAAGAAAGUGGCAUUUGCCUCUGGUUACAAUCGGAAAAUUGCUAGAAAAACAGCUUCUGCAAUUGCAUUAGACAGAUUACGGAAAUAUUACCAUACUAUCAAGAUAAAGCAAAAUUCAGAUGCACAGACAAACGUCAACUUAAUGACGAUAGAAAAGACCAAGUCCCAGGAUGAUAUACCUGAUGACAAUAUUGGAAAGAAAUUGAUGAAGUUAAUGGGUUGGAGCGGUGGUGGUCUUGGAAAAUCCCAGCAGGGUAUCAUGGAACCUGUGACGCUUAAACAACAGCUCAGCCGAGAGGGUUUGGGUCUGAAAUCAAGUUCCUCCAAUAUGCAUGAACUGAAAGCCAAAUGCAGGAUUGCUUUUAAGGAGUUCCUAAUGGGAGAUAUGCAAAACGAUAUAGUAUUUUCUACAGAUUUCACCAACGAUGAAAGAGCAAUGAUCCAUCAAGUCGCGCGUUCAAUGGGUCUUAAAUCCCGCAGCCAUGGCCCCUCAGAUCAACGGAAAUUGGUGAUCUCACGCAAGGUCAAUAUCCGGAGCUUAGUCGAGGAACUGAAGAGUCUGGGUGGAACUACCGAGAAAUAUGAGUUAAUAGAACCGACUUACUUAGAUGAUGAUGAAUUGGAUAGUAUUGUUGGAACUACAGAGAAAGACGAGUUGAUAGAAUCAACCAACUUAGACGAGGAAAUGAAGGAUUUUGAAGAGACCACUGAGAGAUACGAGUCGAUAAAACCAACUAGCUCAGUUGAGGAACUGGACAAAAGUAUGUGAAAAAACUGCUAUCAAUAAUUUUAGACGGAAGUUGCUUGUUCGAAACUACAUUGCUGCGUGGGAACAGCUUGGAAGUCUUAAAUUUGAAACCCAUCGGUAGUGAGGGUGACCUGUCUUCGUUCGAACAGUUGUCAAUUGUUUACUACGGACAAUUAACGUUUCCUCAUAGGGUGCGUUCGGAAAGCACGUCACCGCCACCAACGCUAUCGAGUUCUUUUAUUUUUAUCGCUUCUUAGUUAUACAACAAGAAUAUAAUGACAUAGCGCUAUGUAGUGCUAAUAAUGCUCCCCGAACGCACUUAAAACCGAGCGUUACGUAGCACUAAUGCUAACACGCGAAUUGAAGAAGGCACCAUUUUCUUCUCGCCAAAUAUAUCGGUCGAGCCUAUCACGUCUGAUCUGAUGGUGCAACAGUGAAACACGUCGGAUACUUCGUUAGCAGUAAAGGUGUUUCUAAGCACAGUUACACUGGCGAUCGUGACUGUGACUUUGCACGACUCCCUUUUCCUCAAUCGAAUGACACGUAUCCAGCUCAAAGGACCAAAUUUCAUAUGUACAUGUAACGCGUAUAAUUUUCGCGGUCAAUGCGAACUUACUAUUUUUAAUUAUUGCCAGUGAUGAUCGUCGGGAGAAGAUCGAGGACAAAGCAAUAAAAGUUGACUACACGAAUAGUAUACCUAGCAUUUCUGCGUUAAAUAUUUUGAAUUGAAUAUAAAGAAAUGUUAACGAUUUAAAUCGUGUCGACGAUAAUAAUAACAACGGACUCUCGAACUAUAUAGUACACCGGCGAUCAUCUCGAAAGAUAAGACGUUGACGCUUCGUCACUGGAUUAUUGUUUAUUUUCCGGAGUCUUGUUUCUAUUAUGGGUUUUUUACAAUAAGCUAUUAGUCAUAAGCCGCAAGCAAGUUGGCCAAUCACAGUCGAUUAUUUUCAAAAACAAUCUCGACUGUGGUUAGUCAAUUUGUUUGCGGAAGGCAAACAAAUAUUGUAGAAGGCCCAUUAGUCUCCCUAUAAAAUAGAAGCAAACUAUUUAUCACUCAAAAUGGCAUAUUUGUAUUUAUCACAAAUUCUGUAAUAAAAAUUAGUACAUACUUAACAAUGACUUAUUAUAUGUAAAAGAAAAGUGUUAAGAAUUAUAUAGUUUUUCAAAAAUGUAAAAUUUGUAAUUGAGUUGCUUUGCAACCUCACAAGAUAAUGAGUGCGAUUGGUUCUGCCAUUUUGGGAGGCUUACGAGUUGAUUCAAUGAAAAAAAAUUCGACCAGGGUCUUGAUCCUCGAAAAUAUAUUAUAUAAGAUAUUUCAUGAAAAGCUAUAGUUUAUAUUACGUACACUAUAGCUUUUCUCUAAAUAUCAUAUACAAUAUAUUUUCGAGAAUCAGGACCCAGAUCCCAUUUUCUUGAGCAGAGCUUGACAAGCGAUGUAUUUUCUGGUCGAUUCUGAGGUGUCCUUGUCUCCCAUCGUUCUCCUUGUCUCGUUGCGCUGUGUGCAGCCAAUAAAUUAUUAAAGCUUCAGGAAUGUGGCUUUCGCACGUUGUACAAUAAGGUUUGUAGAGGAACGAAAAAUAAAAACUUUUUUAAAGAUA